UGGGUUUCUCCGUGGCUUUGGGGCGAAGCUUGUGGAAGAGCUCCCUGCCCUCCAUCCAAACGGUUCAGCCCUGCUGGCACCAGCAACACUGCUCCAUCACGCAGGCAUCCAGAGGCCAUCCUUUCCCGUCAGGGUCUCAUCGACCUGGCUCUCUCGAGGCUGCUGUGAUUGCCCAGUGAGCCAAACGGAUUUCCGGAAGCUUCCAACAGCCUCGUAUCUUCUGCGGGACAUGACCGAUAUCUCACCAGAGAUGUCGCUCCGAGGGCAAUAUGGGAUUCUUUCCAUCGCCUACGCCAUGCACCUCUACAUAUUCCUGGUCUUUCUGAAGAGUCUUGGAUGCCCUCCGCUUUGGAGCUCUCUGAAUGCCCUGUUUUUUCUCCUGGUCUUUGUGGUCAUGCCCCCAGUCGAGGUUCUCAGCGCCAUCUUGGUUCCACUGCAGCUCGACGUCGUCAACGAUACAGCCUCCCAGGACACAAUGCAACUCUCCACGAUCCUGGGCAAGGUCUCGAACUGCUUCAUUGCAUUCUAUGGCCUCAUCACCAUUCACUUUUCACAUCGCUCGAUUCAGUUCCUGAAGGCCGUGUUCCAGUAUUCGGUGCUCUGGGACUACGCCGGCCACGCCUUCAACCUCCUUCUCUUUGUCGGAUACUGUUUGUUCUCGCUCGUCGACCGCCUGCGGCCAUGGCGCACAGCCGCUCAAGCCUUCUAUGCCUUUAUUGUGUCGACGACAUGGCUCCUGACGGCCGCAUUGAUCCACUGGAAACUCAACCGCUGGGCACGAGCACUGAGUUCGGGGCUCGAGAGCCGUCUUGGGAAGGGCAGCCGGUCCAGCCGAGAUCGAAGGUCGUCGCUGCUGCCGACGAGCCAGAGCCUUCGUCUGGGGGCAGUCCGGGUGGCGUUCUACCUGUUGAUGGUGAUCAGUAUCUCGUCGACGGGCGCCAUCGGAUUCGCUGCCAUCCUGUCCACCUCCAUGCCCAACAUCUCGCUAAUCUUGUUGCGGUCGGGGAUCGUCUUCUUGGCUUCGCAUGUCAUUGUGGCCUGGCACAUGCUCUUCAGCAUCCUGCCACAGCGGAUCCAAGAGAUUGCCACCUCGGCGAUGGAUCCUGCGGCGCUGUCGCGCGACGGAGGCCGGCCACUCGACAACAACCGAUCUCUUGAACUCACUGUCCCAUACAGUCCGUCACAAAGCCACGGGGCCAUCGAGCAUCGGGCAAAGCAUAUCAUAAGGUCGAUGUCAGAGACAGCGGCUUGAAGAGGCUUCCACAGCCUGCCGUCUGAUCGCUUUGGCCAAGGCGCUGGCUUCCACUUUGAUCGACCAAGCGAUGCGACCACCUAUCCGGA